UGUAUGAUCUCAUCCGGGCACUUCAGAGACCAACCAGGCGGGACAUGGACGACCAACACGAAGACAAGGACGCCUUUGACCCCAACAUUCCAGAGGAGGGACCUUCAGCGCCCCCUCCUGGAUGGUUGGAUGACAUCAUGGGAUACCAGGGUCACAAAGGAGAUGACGACAACCCCGUGUACCCUCCCCCUCCGGCCUACACCCCCCAGCCCCAAGUGGAUAGGAACACUGUGGUGCCUGACGUUAGGGUUCCCUCAGUGUCGGAAGAUGUGGCCAGAGAUGCCCUGCUUAAAUUUGUCCAGUCCAAGUGGAAUUACAGCUCCAAGCCAGCCCGCAACCUGACCUUCAAAGAACUCCGACCCGUCACCGUCUACCGGUACAGACUGGAGACUUACACCGAGACCAGAACCAGCAAAUGGGACUUCGAAUCCUAUAAGGGACAGCCUGUGGAUGGUCCUCAGUUUGGAAUGAGUCCUCCUCCGUGGGACAUUCCUGUGACGUUACCCCCAAGAUUCACUGACCUGGUGGAGAUGAUCCGAGUUCCGCACUCAUCCUUCGUCAAGUUGUGUCACAAGUGCAGCGGCUGUGGAAGGACUCGGUGCGUGUCGUGUCACGGCAGAGGCAUGAAACGUUGCACAUUCUGCCACGGUCACGGGCGUUCUCACAACAAGCGCUGCACUUCCUGUCACGGCCGUGGACGCAGAAGGUGUAUUUCCUGUCACGGUCACGGCUCUAAGACGUGCAUUGUGUGUCAUGGCUGUCAGAACCUCCUUCAUUUCAUCCAGCUUACAGUGACUUGGAAGAACAAUGUUGAGGAUUUCAUUCCUGAUCGCCAGCCUGACUUCCCGGAUAAGAAGUUUGAGAAGGUGACAGGUGACCCCUUCUUUGUGGAUGAGAGUUUACUGGUUUAUCCCAUUCAAGGCUUUCCCGACCAGGAGAUCUGUGACGCCUCCCACAAGCUGAUAAAUGAACACCUGAAUCGCUUCAACACCACCUGUCGUAUCCUGCAGCAACGGCAGACGGUGGAGCUGGUGCCGCUAACGCACGCCUUCUACUUAUACAGCGGCAAAGACUUCAGCUUCUUCGUGUAUGGAGUGGAGAACAAAGUGUUCACUUCCAAGUAUCCGUCAGCGUGUGCCAUUUUGUAGGACAACAAGGCGAAGAACACAGUUGAUUUUGAACUUGCAACCUUUUGUGGAGUUCACAUGGCAACGGUCUGACCAGGAAUGUAUGGUCGAUAAUGUCAUCAGAAAUUACCAUUGUUGGAAAAGUUGAGUGCUAAAGGAGAUGAAAAAAAAUCGCACACAUUUACAAGAUAUUGCUCCUUUAAAUACAACUUUUUUUGCACAUGUGUGCAAUGAUAAAGUCAUCCAGUAGGGGGCACUGUUAACCACACAUUUACAAGAUAUUGCUCCUUUAAAUACAACUUUUUUUUGCACAUGUGUACAAUGAUAAAGUCCUCCAGUAGGGGGCACUGUUAACCUCAAAGAAACAAAUCUUGCAAAUACAGGACUGUCAUCUCGUGUCAUAGUUAUAUAGCAAUGUUUGAUGACUUCAUCACAAAUGUAUCUACUGUAUAUGUAUGUAUCUGACACAUUAUAAUGUACUGAAAUAAACUAUAUAGGCCUGUCUGUAUAUAUAUAUAAAUCUAUACUGUACCACAUCUAGUGAUAGACUGCCAGAUGGGAUAACAUUAAAUGAAUACAUAUUUCAAUAAUUAUUUAAAUGUGUCAUUGAUUAUAAUUGGAAUUAAAUAAAUGUGUCAUUAAUUUGUUUAGUGUAAAAUUACAUUCAGUAAUUUGAUUAAAUACUGAUUUGGUUAUUUCAUGUUUUAAUUGUUUCACUAUUCAGUUAUUGAUUUCAUGAUUUUUAAAAUUAUUGACACAUUUAAGUAAGUACUUCAAAAUAAACUUAAUGUCUCAUUUGGCACUCCAUACAUAGCAUCUUUAAACGAAUGUAUUACAGUACUUCUAAGUCACUACAAUGGCAAUAC